UUUAUUCUCGCCGACGGUCGGAUAGAAUAGGGAUAAGUGCGUAGAUGGCGAUCGUGGUGAUUGGACUGCAGUGGUUACGAAAUAUGCGGAUGAGGGAACAAGAUGAAGAGAAGAGAAGGAAAAAAGAGAUCCGACCACAUCCUAUAUCUAUCCGGGCAACCAGGGUGAGUCCCGCUGCAUCAAUUGCCCAGAUGGCGAUAAAUAUAAACGGGCCUGAGACGCAUGGAAAGUUCAUGAGUGAUUGUCUUAUCGAGGAACCUAGUGCGCUGGUGAGGAGUGAGGCGGGUAAGAAGGCUCAGAGUAGGGUUUGGGACGAGCUGAUGAAAAAGCUGGAGGCUAUUAAACCUGGCGUGACGAAAAUUUUAUAGAGCUUUGUGGAU